AUGGGGUUAGUAGCUAGUUCUUCAUCAUUGGUACACCCUCCAAGGCCAAGACCACAGAUGUUAAUGGGCGGCAAUAGAAACCAAAGAGGAACGCCUAGUCCAAGUGAGUCCCAGCAUCAUAUUCAUGCGUUUGCUGAGCGAACGGAUCCUGAGUCUUCUCCUGAUACUACUCCAGACGUUGUGUCCCUUGAGGUCCCAAGUGGCGAAAAAUGGGGAGUAAAAUUGCAAAACUCUGAUUGCGUGACAUGGUUGAAGAAGGGUUGGAAUCAGUUUAGAGAGUACUAUUCAAUUGGUUUUGGUUACUUUUUACUCUUCAAGUAUAAUGGAAACUCUCAUUUCUCUGUCCUCAUAUUUGAUUUAAUUGCUUCCGAGAUUGAAUACUCUUCUAUCCCAAAUGAAGAUAUGACACUGGAGAAUGUUGUAAAUAUAGUGGGUGAUGGUAGUCACAAAAAGAAGGCAUGCAGGUCUGAGACACAGAAUAAUUCAUGA